GUGCAUCUCGUCGGCAUAGACAUCUUCACUGGGAAAAAAUACGAAGAUAUCUGCCCCUCAACUCACAACAUGGACGUGCCCAACAUCAAGAGAAAUGACUUCCAGCUUAUUGGCAUCCAGGAUGGCUACCUGUCUCUGCUCCAGGACAGCGGGGAUGUCCGAGAGGAUCUGCGUCUCCCUGAGGGAGACCUGGGCAAGGAGAUCGAACAGAAAUACGACAGUGGAGAAGAAAUACUG